AUGAAUGAAAAUAACAAGGUAAGUGACGUCAGCAAUGCUGGCGUCGUUUUUAAUGACAAUAUUUCUGUUCGUCCUUUGUCAUCAGAAGUGGGAUGCCCUCCCACUUCUGCCGGACAUUCUGAUAAUACUGGUUAUGCUGCGGAGCACGUAAGUACUGAGCCUAACACCACUAACAUUACGACGGAAUUUUUUGUGCAAAUGAUGCAGACCAUGCAGCAGAUGUCGGAAAAAUUGAUGUCGCAACAAUAUAAUAAGGUAAAAAUCAACGAUAUAUUUUUACCCUCCUAUGAUCCUGACGGCUCCGUGGGUAUACGAGAAUGGUGUCAACAUAUAUCAAAAGCAAUUGACAAAUAUAAGCUUGAUGAUUAUGACAUCCGAAUGAAGGUAGGUAGUUUAUUAAAGGGUAGAGCUAAGUUAUGGGUAGAUAAUUGGCUUAUUUCAACGAAUUCUUGGGAUGAAUUACGUGAAAACCUGAUUUCAACAUUUGAGCCUGAAAACAGGUAUUCGCGAGACAUAGUAAAAUUUCGUGAACAUUCUUACGAUCAUAAUAAGGAUAUAUCUGAAUUUCUAUCACAAGCCUGGGUUUUAUGGAGACGUAUAACGAAAGAUAAACUAGGUAAUGAUGACGCGGUUGAGGCGGUGAUAGGAUGUAUUAAAGAUGAACAUUUGAGAAUUGAAUUAUUGAACGUACGCGCUGAAUCUGUCCCGGAGCUUAUCUCAGUGGCAUCAUCGAUUCGAUCUUCGAAGAAACGUCCCCCUACUGAACCAGGUACUCAAAAUUACGCUGCGCUGAAACGUACAGUACAUCUAUUUGGAACACCUAACCAAGUAAUAGUUGAUGGUGGUCGCGAGUUCUUGGGAGAUUUUAAAGUGUAUUGUGACAAUGUCGGCAUUAAUAUUCACACGAUAUCGCCAGGAACUAGCCGAGCGAAUGGCCAGGUGGAACGAAUGGUUGGUACACUUAAAAAUGGUCUUAUUAUGAUAAACAACUAUGAAACUGAAGAAUGGCCAGUAGUAUUAGAUAGCUUACAAUUAGCAUUCAAUUGCACACCGCAAAGUACGACUGGGGUUGCACCACUUACACUGCUAACUCGUCGCAAAAAUUGCGUACCCCCCGAGCUUUUUCGUUUGGUUAACUUUGAAAAUCAAACUAUUGAUAUGGAACAACUAUACCAGCAUGUACAACAAAGAAUGCUUAAUGCAGCAGAAAAGGAGAAAAUAAGGUUUAAUAAAAAUAAAGCUAAAAUACGUCCCUUCCAAAAAGGCGAUUAUGUUUUAAUAAAAAAUAAUCCUCGUAAUCAAACUUGUUUAGACUUGAAAUAUAGUGAACCGUAUGAAGUAUGCAGAAUCCUAGAUAACGACCGCUACAUGGUAAAAAAGGUAAUAGGCAAAGGUCGACCGCGCAAGGUUGCUCACGAUCAAAUGCGCCUAGCACCACAACCUGGACAACAGGCGGCCGUAUCGGCGGGGACGGAAGUAGUCACUAGUCAAUCAUCAAGAGACAAUAGCCUGUUGGACCCGCAACCUUCGACGUCUUCUCAGAUAGAUGCC